CGCCCGUCCUGAGAAACAACCUGGAUACACAUGUCCUGUCCAAACAAGCCAGUGUUCUGUGAACUCAGCCGGGGAACGGUAGUGAAGGGCAGAGAGCUGGAGACUGGCAUUCAUGUGUCGGAGCCGUGUCUCUGUUGAAGAGGGUCUGAGAGGCCGGUUGGUUUGGUCAGUGUGAGCCAGUGUCAUCUUACAUCUGGAGACAGCUGUGACGUGCAGGGCGGCUGCGUUGAGUGUGCAGAACAUGGGGUCAGAUGAGGCCUACAACUUUGUCUUUAAGGUGGUGCUGAUUGGUGAAUCUGGCGUAGGAAAGAGCAACCUGUUGUCCUGCUUCACCAAAAACGAGUUCAACCAUGAUACUCGUACAACAAUAGGGGUGGAGUUCAGCACACGGACGGUGCAGUUCAGCACCUACACCAUCAAGGCCCAGAUCUGGGACACGGCGGGACUGGAGCGAUACCGGGCCAUCACGUCUGCGUAUUACCGAGGUGCUGUUGGAGCCCUGCUGGUCUACGACAUCACCAAACACGUCAGCUAUGAGAGCGUGGAGCGCUGGCUGAAGGAGCUGUACGAACACGCCGACUCCCACAUCGUGGUCAUGCUGGUGGGCAACAAGACCGACCUGGAGUCCGAGAGAUCGGUGCCCACCGAGGAGGCUAAAGACUUUGCAGAAAAGAAAGGUCUUUUGUUUCUGGAGACCUCGGCCUUGAAUUCAACUAAUGUGGAAGAAGCAUUCAGCAAAGUCCUAGAAGAGAUUCAUAAGAAGGUGAGCAGUAAGCAAGUGGUUCGAGGCUCCAUCAGCGCUGUGACCCUGAACAGCUCCAGAGCAGAUAACACGGAGGAGAAUAAACCCUGCUGCAGGAACAUCUGAUCCCGUCCUCUCGGAGACCCCAGGGUGGGUGGGUGACAGGUGAACUCCUCGUUCACCCAUAAUCUUGUGUGAAAACUCGAGGUUAUGCAAUACCAGUAUAUUCACACCCCCGGCUUCAGUGAUGCCACUUUCAAAUGGCUGAUGAAGUUGGACAAACCGGACGGUGCUGCAUUCAAAAGACGAUCGAUAAAUGUGGACGUUGCAGCUGGAAACCAGCAUCAGUCUUUUACGAGUCCCUGCUGUCCACCCAGCGUCGGUCACAUCGGUAAAACACAACUUUGUUACCUGUAAGAUCAUAUAUUUAUAACGUGUGCAGAAAAUUGGGAACAUCACGGCACGUUAAAUACUUUAAAGGACACAUGGCUCGUUUGUGUUUGUGUACUAACAGUGUGCUUGUGCUAGAGCUGAUGAUCCACGAUGAUGCUGAAAGUGUUUUAUUGUGGAAAAUGUCAACUCUUCUGCUCGAUGUCAUGUUUGCAGCACUACUGUUUAGAUCACUUUUUUUGUUUUACUCUAUAAUCUAUUUCAAUGCAUUUAAUGGGUUAUCUAGAUAAUAAACAUGGUGCUUGUAUUCGUAUCUCAUGCAUAUAUCAUCCCACAUUUCAAGAUCUGUAUCUAAUAUUAGCAUCCUGUACUUUAUUUUCACUGUUACAGCCAAAGAGUGUGCGUCGAAAUAAUGAACUUUGUGAGAUGUGUUGUGUGCUUGAAGCGUUUAAGAUUCAUUUCUGCUGUUUGGAAUCAAAGACUGAUCUUAUAGGUUGUUAACUUGCUCUUAAGGUUUUUGGAACCAAACACCAGCAAGGUCACAAAUGAAUAAACCUACUUGUCAUUGUUUUUUUUCUGUAUCUUUGCAUUAAAUGUUGUUUAUCUCAAUAAAGAUUUAUUCAAACAUGC